GCAGCCAGAUACACCAGCACAAGAGCAGAGCAGCAGCCAGCAGAGCAACCAAAAAAACUAACCAACGCGCGGGCGCGGCGGCUGCAACCUCCCGUCCCGUCCUCCUCCCGCAAGCCAAGCUCUGCUUCAGCCCGAUCGGAGUCCAUCCCAUCAAAAUCCAAUCGAUUUCGAUGGCGCCAUCCAUCUCCAUCGGCUCCGCGGCGCCGUCCUGGGCGGCGGGCGCGAACAAGAAGAAGAGCGUCGGUGCUGUAGUGGAUGAUGAGGCGGAGCUCCUGCGGCGGAGGAACGCGGAGCUGGAGCGGGAGGUGGAGGCGCUGCGGCUAGAGCUGGGCGCGGCGCGGCGGCGCGCCGAGACGGCGGAGGAGGCCGAGGAGCGGCUGUGCGUGCAGCUCGGCGACGCCGAGGUGGAGGCGCUGGAGCUCGCCCGCGCCUACCAGGCCCAGGUCCAGGCGCUCGCCGCGGAGCUCGCCGCCGCGCGCGGGGCCGUCGCGGGCAGAUAGAUCCUACGGAGUAGUCGACUAGUAGCUAUAGCGCGCAGUGCGGCGGGAUGGAUCCAUUUUGGUCGUCGACGGCACGGCAUCUCGCGGUGCCAUUGCUGCCGGCGUCGUCUUUGCAGUGCAGAGGCAUGUAAACUUAGAGUUGACUUUUUGUUGAGGCAAAUCAAAUCUAUACAACUGAAUGAAUCAAGCGGGAUUGGAUUACUACA